AUGUUCCCUUGCCAGAUAUCAAAUCCAGCCCCCGACGACAUGUUUACCUGGCUAAAAGGCCUCAUCGGCUCGAAACCAGAGCCAGCGCCCUCAGAACCCUCUGAAACAACUCAGCCGAAACACAAGAAAUCGUACAGCCGAGCACAUAGCAAGCGAGUCCGCGAACGCGAACGCGAUCUGCGACGGGAAUGGACAGGCCAGAAGGGCGGGUGGAAGAAGGUCUCUAGCAAAGGAGGCUAUGUAGUCGGCGGUGUCUGUUGA